CAUCUCUAGUUGCAUGUAACUUCAAGCGGCGGCACGUUUUCUUAGCGGCAUUUCAAGGGACAAAGUUUUCAAUUAAAUUAUAUAACAAUAUGAAUAGCCUGAAGACAGCUACUUUGCGCUUCGCCAGUUUGGCCAGCAAUGCCACCGGAGCAUUGGGUAAACGUGAUUUCACCCGCAGCCUGUGGCACAUGACCAAGACGGGUAACAAUAAUUCCUCCGAUCAUGUGGCCAUUUUAAAUGUUCAUAAGCCCAGUGUGAACUGCACCUGUGGUUGCAAUAUUCACACCAAAGCUGAACGUGAGCUGGUUGAAUUCCUUACAGAGGAAAUUAUUGCAGAGCGCAAAGUGCAAAAGGGUAAAACUGUUCCUAGCACCCUUGAGGGCUUCGCUGUCAAGCUAGACGGAGCCAAUGUGGAAUUGACCAAGCAGUCGGAGAAGGAGAAGAUUGUUGUUAGCUUUAAUGUUAAUCACACUGUGGACAGCGAAGAUGAGCCGGAAAUCAAUCCUAACGCCGAUAAACCGGAGUUGGGAGAGAUGCGCAGCAAACCUCAAUUCGAGGUAGACAUUGUUCAGGGAAAAGCAACAUUAUCCUUCACUUGCACCUAUCUGCAAGGCGAGGCCCAGGAGGGUGAAUACAAUGAUGUCUUCUCUAUCGAUGAAAUGGCCAUCUAUGAGGGUGAAUGGAAUGAUAAAAUCUAUGCUGUUGCUGGCGAUGUGCUUGAUGGAUAUUUGUACGAUCUUUUGAUGAAUCUGCUCGAGGAGAAGGGCAUUAGCCAGGAGUUUGCCGAAAAACUCUCCGAUCUGGCCACCGCCCAUGAGCAUACCUCUUACAUUGGCUUGCUGGAAAAGCUCUCCAAGUUUACAUCGGGCAGCAAAUAAAACUCUCCCAUCGUAUUGUCUAAUCUUAAGCCACAAGUUGUGUAGAUUUCUAAGUUCUAUUGGCAUUUACCUCCCCACAGACUUGAGAGCAGUUUCUCUUGGACGUGCUUUUUAAUUAGUUCCACUGUCCAAUAAAUAAUCUAGUUCUUAAGUCCCUGUUUCAAAAUGCAAAUACAUUUGCUUCAAGUUGAAGAUCAA